CCAAAAUUGCAAGUUAUGCAAGCCUGCUUUGUCUUUCACUCUUUGCCUGUUUCCGGCAAUAUGCUACAUCAUUUCCGUUCAAUCAUGCCGCCGCUUCAUUUCUGAGAUCUGUUCCUUCUCUCCACUUUCAGAUGGUUCUGUGAGUCUUGAUAGCUGAAAAUCAGACAAGCAAGUUUGCUGGGAGAGUUUCAAAUCUUGCCCGUGAUUAAUUUGGCAAUUUACAGGAUUCUAACUAAUUGAUGGAAAGAAUAAAUAGAUAAAGAUUUUGCUUCUUCCUUUUAAGGUUGCUUCUCCCUCUGUUAUGGUUUUGUUGGGGUGCACUGAAGAUUCCUGGGCAUGACAAAGAAAUUACGUUUGGAUUGUUCAUUGCAGGAUGAUGAAAAGGAAGUGAGUAAUUUUCUGAAAAUGGAUAAGAUGGAAGGAGUGAAUGAUGGUUUUUCUAGAACUGGACCAAAUGAUUCGCUGCUCCCUGGUCUUAUUGAUGAUGUUGCGCUGUAUUGUCUUUCUUGGGUUGGUGGAUCCAAUUAUGCUUCGCUAUCUUGUAUUAAUAAAAAGUACAAAAAGUUGAUUAAUAGUGGGUAUCUAUAUGGGUUGAGGAAACAGUUGAGAGCUGUGGAGCAUUUGGUCUAUUUGGUUUGUGAUCCAAGAGGAUGGGUGGCAUUUGACCCCAAGAUUAAUAGAUGGAUGGCAUUACCUAAGAUACCUUGUGACGAGUGUUUUAACCAUGCAGACAAGGAGUCCUUGGCCGUGGGCUGUGAAAUGUUGGUUUUUGGUCGAGAAUUGAUGGAGUUUGCUAUUUGGAAGUAUAGCUUGAUUUGUGGUGGUUGGGUGAAGUGUAAGGAGAUGAACCAAUCUCGCUGUUUGUUUGGAUCUAGUUGUCUUGGUUCAAUUGCUAUUGUAGCUGGUGGAAGUGAUAAGUAUGGAAAUGUUCUAAAAUCGGCCGAGUUGUAUGACUCUUCAUCAGGUACAUGGGAACUUUUACCAAACAUGCACACACCACGUAGGUUAUGCUCUGGUUUUUUUAUGGAUGACAAAUUCUACGUGAUUGGUGGAAUGUCAAGUCCAACUGUUUCAUUAACUUGUGGGGAGGAAUAUGAUCUUAAGACAAGAAAUUGGCGGAAAAUAGAGGGUAUGUAUCCAUUUGUUAGCAUAGGUGCUCAGGCACCUCCACUUGUGGCAGUUGUGGAUAAUCAGUUAUACGCAGUUGAGCAUCUAACUAACAUGGUAAAGAAAUAUGACAAGGAAAAGAACAGCUGGAAUGAUUUGGGAAGGCUUCCGGUCCGGGCUGAUUCUUCUAAUGGAUGGGGUCUGGCUUUCAAGGCUUGUGGAGAUCAACUUUUGGUUGUGGGUGGACAAAGGGGUCCAGAAGGUGAAGCUAUUGUGCUGAAUUCAUGGUGUCCUAAGUCAGGGAUCACGAAUGGCACCAUAGAUUGGCAGGUACUUGGUGUGAGGGAGCAUGUGGGGGUGUUUGUGUACAAUUGUGCUGUAAUGGCUUGUUGAGAUAAUUUUAGAUUGACUCAAAGAGAAGACAAUCUGACUUAGCCUUGAAGUAUGCUUCUGUGUUCAGUCACCUCAUCAUUUACUGAGUUAAUUCUAAUUGUUGCUGGGAUAGCUUUCCCAAGCUGAGAAUUUGGUUGGUUUCUUUCUUUUAACAUGGUUUACUUGGAUGUACUCCUCACCCUCAUGGUCCAUAAUUUUAAAUUGCUUUUAAGAAUACUGAGUAGGCUUACACAGAUAUGUUCUGUUAUCUUUUUCAUAGCCAAUUAUGUAAACCAAUAUGUAAACACCAUAUUUUGU